AUGCAGCAAGUUGAAGCGGCACAACAACAAUUUGAAUGCAGAGCUCCACGCGGUAUUUUCUAUAAUGGCACCUGGUACAAUACGGAAGCGUUGCAGCAGCUACCAAGUUGUGUGCUGCCCGAGACGCAGUGGCAACAACAACAACAACAACAACAACAACAACAACAGUAUGCGCAUGCCACUUUGCAACCAGGGCUGCAUUUGCAACAGGGACUGCAACUAGUUGUGGCUGAAGUAUCGCCUCAAUUGCCAUUGCAAUCAUCACGUUCUCAUCAUCAACUAUGCAGCUGUGAGAGGGGGCAGCCGUUGUCCAUGAUGCACGGUCAAUGCACGCAUCAAUGCAACUAUGAAGCUGUGAUCGAGCAACAGCAACAGCAACAGCAUCUGCAGCAGUUAACAGCACAACACAUACAAACUCCUUUAAUGCAGCCAUUGCCGCAGCAGUUUCACCAAGAAUUGCAACAGCAGGUGGAUCAACAGCAGCAGCCACAAUAUUUUAUACAGCAGCAAUUCGAGUUGACGCAUUUAAAUCAGCAACAGCAAUGGUGUUACUCAACUCAAGUGCAAGCCACAGACUCGCCUCAGCAGGAGAUACAACAAGAGCUGCCUCAACAAGAGUUGCAACUGCAGCAACAGCAACAUUUCAUACAUCAGCAACAUUCAUAUCAGCAACAUUUCAUACAGCAGCAACAUUCAUAUCAGCAACAUUUCAUACAUCAGCAACAUUCAUAUCAGCAACAGCACUUCCAGCAGCAGCUACCUCAACAGCAGUUGCAACUUGAGCUGCAGCAGCAGCAACAUUUCAUGCAGACGCAAUUGGAGCCACAUCAAUUGCAUCAACAGAAUUCUAAUCAACAACAGCUGCAGCUGCAGCAGCAAUAUUGCUACUCAGUGGAGAAGGAGAUACAACAACAACUAACUCAACAGCAAUUGGAGUCUCAGGAGUUGCAACAGCAUGAACAGCAUUCAAAUCAGCAAGAGCAGCAGCAAUGUUGCUACUCAACUCAAUUUCAGCAGCAGCAGCAGCUUCAACAGCAGUUGGAACAUCAAACUCAAUCUCAACAACAGCUUCAGCAAGCUCAACUACAGCAGCAGCAGCAAUUAGAGUCUCAGCAGUUGCAACAGCAUCAACAGGAUUCAAAUGAGCAUCAGCAAUUGGAGCAAUGUUGCUACUCAACUCCAGUAGAGUCCCCGCAGAAGGAGAUGCAACAACAACUAACUCAACAGCAAUUAGAGUCUCAGCAGUUGCAACAGCAUUCAAAUGAGCAACAAGAGCAAAAGGAUUCGGAGCAAUGUUGCUACUUAACUCAAGUGCAAGAUACACAGACUCCACAGCAGCAGAUGCAGCAAAAGUUGGAACAGCAACCUCCAGCUGAACAACAGUUCCAGCAGCAGCCACAUUUCGUGCAGCAGCAAUUAGAGUCUCAGCAGUUGCAACAGCAUCAACAGCAGCCAUGUUGCCACUCAACUCAAUUGGAGCAGCAGCUUCCACAGCAACUGCAGCAACCUCAUCCACAGCAGCAACAGCAACAGCAACCACUGAUCUGUCAGCAGCAACAGCAACCACUGAUCUGUCAGCAGCAUUAUCUACCAGACCAAACCAAUAACUAUCGCCCACAAUCAUCGUCAACGACACCAACAUCGUUUCCGUCAUCGCCAUCGAGCAUUUUAACGCCGCAGCCUGUCAACGAUCCUAAAAUUAUCGAGCUCGAUAUGUCAUCCUUAAGCAAAGUUCACAUAACUCGUACAUUCGGCAGGCUGGUGAUUUCCAUCUACAGACAGACUGAACUCGAUGAUGAGCCGCCCAAUCGCGUGAUCAUCAAUGGGCAAGUGCUCAGCAGCGAUGACAGCUCCAAUGGACAAUCAAUGAGACAAUUGUAUGUCAAUUCAGCAACUCAAACGCCAACAGAGGAGGAGAUACAAACCGAGACUUCAAUGAGCACAGGUGCCAGCGAUGAAGCCGAUCUAGAGGAGCUUCUUCAAUAUACGACGGCAGCUGUAGCGACAGUGAAUCAAUCAAAGUCCAAUGUACAAACUGAACCGGAGCAAUUUCGUGCUCCGCGUCGUGUUGCCAAACAGCAGCAGCCGAUGCUGCAGCACAAUCCUCUCAAGAAAGCACCCAAAUGGACAAAGCCAGCCAAGAGAAUCGCAAGAGAGUUGCUGAAUUCGCCAGAAUCGAAUAAAACAUUGCUUAAUCCAAUUCAGCAAGAGAACGAGCAAAUGCCGCAGGAAAAUCCGAAAGGAAUUCUGAAAAAGAUCGAGGUGGUAAAUUCAGAAACGAUUCAAGUGUCAAUGCUCCAGAAAGAGUCAUCGACAAAUUUGCAAAAGGUCGAGCAAAUGCAGCAGCAAGAGUCUGGAAGAGUUCUGCGAAAGAUCGAACAAGUGCAAGUGCCACAGAAAAGAUCAGAAACAAUUAUACAAAAGAUCGAGCAAGUGCAACUAUCGGAGAAAAAGUCAACGACAAAUUUGCAUAAGAUUAAAGAAAAGGAAAUGCUACAGGAACACAAUUCGAACACAAUUUUGGAAAAGAUCGAGAAAACAAAUCUGCAAAAGAUCGAACAAAUACCAAUACAGCAGAAGGAUUCUGGAAGAAUUCUGCAAAAGAUCGAUGCAGUGGGAGUGCCACAGAAAGAGCCAAGGACAAAUCUAAAUAACAUCAAAGAAAAGCAAAUGGCACAGAAGAAGCCGGAAACAAUUCUGCAAAAGAUCGAACAAAUGCCAUUGCCACAGAAUGAGCAAAAGAUCGGACAAAUACAGCAGGAAAAAUCUGAAAGAGUUCUGCAAAAGAUCGAUGUAGUGCAAAUGCCACAGGAAAAGCCGACAACAGACAAAGUUAAAACAAAAUCAGAUUCUGACUCUAACAAUUUAGACAAUUUGAUUAAGCAAACAGCACUUGGAAUUGGAGGAUCACAGCAACCACAACUUGCUUUGGGGCAACAAGAUCGAGAGGAGGAGUGGCCAGAGUUGAGUGUUCAGCAAGCAACGCCAUCGGCACGAUUGCGCAAAUCACAGUCUUCGCCUCAACCGAUUGUCAAUCAAAAAUGCAACGGGAUGCGCAGUCCGCCUUCAUUUCCCGAUGAUUAUCCCAUCGGUGAACCCAAAUUGCCGCAAUCGAUAUUCAAGCAAAUGUAUAAAAGGAAAUCAAGUCAAUCAAAAACCAUCGAGCAAUCGACGAAGCAAGAGACUCCUCCGUUACGAUCACAGUCUGUGGACAAUGUUAAACGAUCAUGGAAUAUUAAAACUUAUCAACGGAUGAAUCAUAAUUCCGACGAGUGUCCACAGUCGAACGCCAUUCGCCAGAUUCGUUCUCCAACAAGAAAGUAUCAAUCAGCACAGAGUUCUCAAUCAUUUGGCUUGGAUGAAUCGAAGACAUCUAAGGCAAUAACUGAUCAACCCAAGAAGAAGUCAAACGCCAAUCAAGCAACUGACGCCAAAGAAAGUGAAGUGCAUCAAUCGAUGAAUCUAUCAGCUGGCAAUGAAAAGCCAUGCUCCGAAUCUGUAAACCAACCUGAGGUAUCUUUAAAUCCGGAGAUGGAUAACGACACAAAGCCUUCAACGUCUCAGAAUGUAGAAGCUCUUGUGAUUAGGAAGACGAAUAAUGGUAGAAAACAAAAGACACAAAUGAGCAAAUUCGAACGCAAGGCGCUGCGUCGCGAGUUGCAGAAUGUGCAACUGGCUGCCCGAAAGUCCGAGGAGAACUCUCAGACCACGGAAGAAGUGCUCCAACCAGUGGAAGUACAGCAUGAUGUGGAGGAAGUUAAGAGGAAUCAGCAGUCCACCGAAGUAGAUCAACAUUUGAAGGACAUUCCGCAGCCUAUGGAAUUGGAAAGUUCCGAUGAAAUCAAACCCAAGGAGGAGCCGAAAGAAACUGAACCGAGUGACGAGGAUCCAGAGCUCAAUAAUCCGUUGCUUAGUGGCGUUAGCUGUAAGAUAAUGCGUGGUCACAUCCUGAGAAUAGCCAAAAAGAUCAAUAGUCUUUAA